AUGGAGGAGGACGAUCAGGGCGAGACGUGGGCUUGUGAGGCGUGCACGUUUCAUAACAGGGUUGGGGCCUCGUCUUGCGAGAUGUGCGGGACGCCAAACCCGAGUAUGGCGGCCGGUGGGGCUGGGUCUACGGCAGACGGGGCUGACGACGGCAGCUCGUCGGCGGCGUACUGGUCAUGCCAGGCGUGCACCAUGCAGAACCCUUCGGUGACAUUCACGUGCCACGUUUGCGGCACGGUGGACGAGGGGCAGCGGGCCAAGGCCAAGGAGGCCGGGGAUGGGACCGCGGAAGACGGAGUGACCCCGGCGCUGCUGUCUAGGCUUUCGAGAGACGGCCACUUUUCCCUCCAAAACUACCUGACCAAACUUUGCCACACCCUAGCGCUGGCGGCGGCCGAGGCGGAAACCGGGUUAUCCCGCCCGAACAUCGACCGAGCGUUCAUCCCGGUGCUUCUGGAGCUCAUGUCAGACCCCGGCAGCCGGCGGGGGCCGGACGUGCCGCUGCAGGCGUGCCGCGCGCUCAACUACUUCCUGCAGAUCGGGGCCGCCAGCGAUGUCGGCGUACAGCGGGGAAUGCGGACGUACGCGCUGUGCAUCACCUGCUCGGCUACGGCGGGCACCGCGGAGUACCAGGAGCUUGGCCAGGAGGCGGUAUCUGGGGUGGACCUGCUCUGCCGCACCUCGGCGGAGUUUCUGAGGGAGCUGGCCGAGACGGACAUUGGCGGCGGUGGCGGGAGAGUGCUGGCGUCGUUUGUGCGAGGCGUCUACCGUUCGUCGGGAGGGAGUCGUCGGGGUAGCGUUUCUGCGUCUCCGGUCGGACACUCGCCGGGGGGAAGCGGGGCGGGGCUCGCGGUGGAGGACCGUCGCAACAACCGCGCCGGCGGCGCCGGCGCCGGCGCCGGCGCCGAGGCGGCGGUCGCCAAGGCUCUGUCGCUGCUCCCGCUCAUUCUCGAGCUUCACCCGAGGCCUGCCGGGGCGCCACCACCGACCAAGCAGGGAGGCGGCGGCGGCGGCGGCGGCGGCAACGACGAAACCGCCGCCGCCUCUGUCGUCUCGGCCCUUCAGGGCAAGGAAACGGCGCCCACCGGUGUCGUUGGUGACGACGAGCACGCUGACGCGGACGCGGGCGACGGCGACGACGAGCUGCAGGCGAUCCUCGAGGCGUUGCUGGCGGUGCUCAGGGGAGCGUCGGCGUCCAACCGCGAGGUGGCGCUCGCGACCCUGGGGUCCAAGGUGCUCCCGAGGCUCGGGGGCGCGGCCGCGGGGGGCAGGGAGUGGCUCGGGGAGCUCAUCACGGACAAGGACCUGCUGGUCGCGGCGAUCGAGGACCGCUCCUCGCGCAGCGCCGCGUGCCACCAGCGCGCCCUCGGGCUGACGUACCAGCUUCUGGCGUCCUCGCCGGAGCUCAUGUCCCUGGCGCUCGAGCCCGGGUGUCCCCUCUUCCCCGCCGUGCUCGACGCGCUGGGCGACGGCGGAGGGGGAGGGCUUGGUGGAGAUGCCUCGGGUUCUCGGCCCGGCAUGGACGGUUCGGGCAGCAGCCACCACCACAACCACCGUCGAAUCACGUCCGGUGGCGGUGGCGAUGGCGGCGGCGGCGGCGGCGCGCCAGGGACGCCGAGGUCCGCGCCGCGGACGCCGCGGCUCGCGGGUAUGUCGGGGGACGGGAGGCGGAUGAGUCGGACCGGCGGGGCCGCCGACAGCGAAGCGGCCGGGCGGAGCGGGCUGGCUGUGUUGCGCAUCGUGGGGCUGGUGGCCGCGGCUUUCGUCGACGGACGGCUGCCGAAGCCCUCCUCGCUGCUCCUGGGCAGCUCGGGAGGGGGAGGCAGAGGGACCACCGGGUACACGCCCGGACCGGCCAUAAUGGUGCAGGUGCAGCCCGAGAACACCCCGACUCGGACAGGCGGGGGCGCCACCGCUGCUUCUGGGGAUCUGAAUGGCAGCGGCGGUGGCAGCGGUGACGGGAGGCGCGAUCAAGGAUUGGGCGGGAGCGCGCACAGCUCAGCUCUCGUCAGCAGCGGCGCGUCCGCCCGGCGCGCCCGCGCUGGGUCGGGCGCGAAGGAAAACCAGGAGCGCCGAGCGAAGCUUCUGGCCGAUUUGGGAGACGGAACGGUGCUGGUGUCUUGGGCGAAUACUGGGGUCGAGGAGAUCAUCGCCGCGAGACGGGUGCUCCUGUCGUCCUCGAACUCCCUGACUUCGAGAGCCAGGCGCUCGCUAGCCCGCAACUCGCUCUUCAGGACGAUGAUGUCUCUCGGCGGGGACCCCGGCAGCGGGGACAGCGACAGCAACGGUGACGGGGGCGGCAUCGACGAUGACCCGCUGGCUAGCUUCAGCCUCAGCGCUCUGGGCGCGCUGGGGGCGCUCGGUGGAGGAGGGGGUAGGGGAGGCGGCGCGGGAGCGAGGGCGGAGAAGUCGAUCCUUAACGACUUCCUUGGGCAGUUUAUCCAGUCCGGCAACGCCACCACGCUUCGGCACGUCCUGGCCGGCGGCGCGGACCCCAACCGCUUGAUCAGGCCCGGCCAGUCGGCCCUCAUGGCCGCUGCGGCACACGAAGGCGGAACGGCGACGGCGAUCGAGAUGACGCGUAUCCUCCUCGACGCGGGAGCGGACGCCGGGUUCGUUGGCCCGGAGGGAUCGGCUCUGCAUGCGGCAGCGGCUACAGGGCGGGGCGAGGUCGUCUCGGCUCUAAUAGAUGCCGGGGCUGACCUCGAAGCCACCGACGGGGACGGCUGCACCCCCCUCGAGGUCUGCACCGACGAGCCCGUCAUGCUGAUGCUGGCGCAAGCCCUGGAGGACGCCGACGAGGCUGAGGCCAAGCCCACGAAGGACGCAGCAGCGGCAACGGCAGACGACGGCGGUGCGACGUCGCCGCCGCCGGAAGAGCAAGGAACGGCUACGGAGGCGGCGCCUGCGCCUGCGGCGGCGGCGGCGGCGGCGGCGGCGGCGGCGGCGGCGGCCGGGAGCGACAGCGGCGGCGGCGGCAGGGACAACAAUGAUGCGGGCAGAAAGCCUCCGGCCAUCGCUGCGGCGGCCAGCGUGUCAUCGUCGUCGUCGUCGUCAUCGUCCUCCUCCUCCUCCUCCUCGUCGUCCUCUUCCUUGCCGUGUUCGCCGACCCCUGCUCCUGCUGGGGCCCGUGGUGGUACUGUAGCUGCGGAGAGGGCUGAGCCCUCGCGUCCUGAGCGUGAGGCGACGGUGUCGCCGGGGGAGGCUGGUUCGGCCGUGACAACGGCGGUGGUGACAACGGCGACGGUUGCGGCGGGAGCUGGCGGAAGCCGGGAAGAGGCGAUGGUGCUUGAGCUUCCCGAGGAUAACGGCCAGAUGGUGUGUGUGCUCUUGCAGACUCUGGGCCAGAGCUUCAUGGCCAACCCCGCGGCAGCGCAGGGACUCUCGGCCGCGCUCGCUCCCCCCGCUUCCACCGCCAACGUCGGCGGCGGGGGCGGCGGCGGGGCCUCCUCGGGAACUAGGAGAGGCGCCGGCGGUGCUUCUGGAGGGUCGGCCCCCCCGCGGGACGGCGCGGCGUCGCAGCACACGGUCUCCGUGUCUCUCGGCAAGGCGUGGCUCGAGAUUCUUGUCAAGCUGAUGCGGCGCGCGAGCGAAGACGGAGUCGCCGUGGCGGGCCGGGAUGGCCGAGGCGGGGUCGGCGGUCGAGGUGACGGCGCGACCGGAACCGCCGUCGUAAGGGACGCUCUGGAAGACCCCUCGACGAGAGACAGCUUGAGGACCGCCCGGAGCCUGAGCCUGGAAGGCGGCGGGGGCGCGGCGGGGGCGGCGGCCGAGGGAGAAGAGGUGGAUCGCCUGGCCGCGACGGCUUCCUCGCUUAGGGAGGCGGUGGACGUCUUGCGGCGCCACACGGUUGAGGGAGGAGGCGACGGCGGGGCGGCCGCGGUUGCGGAGGAUACGCUCGUGGCCGGGCGGCGGGCGAUGGGGGCGGUGAAGGAGCUGGCUGGGCUGCUCGCUAGCGAGGAUGGAAUCACGGCCUUCGAGGCUCUAGAGUCCGGGGUCCUGCACCCCCUCCGGGAGCUCUUGGUGUGGUUGGAGGGAGCAGCGGCCGGCGCCGGUCCCACCGGUCGCCCCCUGCUCACGGCGGGCGCCAAGGUGGCAGCGGAGCUAGAGCGAGACGCGGUGGGCGCUCUCGCGCUGGUUCCGACGACCGUUUCCGAGGGGAAGAACGGAAGGGGUACGGAGCCGGAGCCGGAGGCUGGGAUGGACAAGGCUGCGGGAAGCGUAGCCGUUCUCGAGCUUAUCCGACUCAUCCACGACGUCAUCGGGGUCGAGAUCCUCCAAGUCGAGGGUCCGGACUCCCGACACGCCCCAGCCUAG